AUGAAGAACCCACCGCAUUCUAUUUGCAGCAGGAAGAAAAUGUCGCUGGAUGGGUCGGUCUACAUUGUGCACUUGCUGGAGGUGGACUUGACACAGGUCCAAUUCGACCAGGACAAGAGGAUCAUUUGGCCUCAGAUGGAAAGCGGAGCCCCUGCGCCCACUGUGGAUGGUGUGCUGGUUCUGCAUGAUGCCACCAAACCAGACAGGCUUUCGUUGACGACGAACCUCAUCUGUAUGUGUGGAUAUUCAUUGGCUGCUUCGAAUCUGCCCUUCCUGCAGGUAGCUUGCAAAUGCGAUGUCAAUCCUGAGCCUGUGGAAGAUAGCCAGGUGGAUGCGAUCCACGAUCAAUACGAGAUCUACCGAACAUCGUUUUCUUCACCGAGAUCACAACGGAUGUGCAUAGCCCUGGUGCUGCGGGGAGUUAUUUCAACCCAUGAAGAUCUCGCCCCCGAGUUGGAUAUUGAAGUCUCGAGUCCUGAUCCUUCGGUCACUUCACCGAGGACAACCACGAAAUCUUUCCCACAACCCCACGAUUGGCAUCAUACCCGUGCCAACUCCGAAAACCCCUCAACCGUGUUCGCCGGAGCCGCUGGCGGCCCACAAACGACGCCCUCGGAUCAAUGUGUCGAUAGGGACGAGAAUCGCCACCCAGCCGACCAGCCAAGCCCCAGUCAGCCUCUACAGCACCCCUCAAGUUCCCACCGUUAUGCCCGAAGUAACUCGCAACCGGUGCGACCGCAAACUCCACCAUCCGGAGCUCGUCUGAAUCUGCGCAGACCAUCAGUACAAGAACAAUAUUCCCCCAGUCACGACAGUCGUCAGCAACGAUUACACAGCGCCUGGCGCCACAGUGGGGGGUCGGACGCAUUCAACAGUUUCCUCACCAUGGACGACGAGAUGGAAGAUGGACAAAGCCGGCCUCCAAGCCCUGGCGCGAUCCUGCGACCAAAACCCAGCAGCGAAAGCAAUUCAAGUGCAGAGACAGGUUUUACCUUCGAUGAGCUUGUCGACCGUUUGAUUUCUUUGCCAAUGUCGAAACAAGACCAAAAAUUCGCCUCCAUAUUCCUCUGCCUCUAUCGCAAAUUUGCUCCUCCCGGGGCCCUGUUGAGUGCCCUCAUAGUUCGGUUCGAACGAAACGAAGCGGGCAAUGCCGACCAGCUCGCUCGCAUGGCCGACCAACUACGACUACUCGAUAUCAUGGCUCAAUGGGCCUCUGAAUACCCUGGGGACUUCGCCCAUACCAACCUUCGCAAACGCAUUAUUGAAUUUGUCAGCACGCUCGAAAAGAGCCAUUUCUACAUGUUCGCCGCCAAGGAGAUUGGGUCACAGUUAGAUUCCAAUGCGGCGGACGACGACAUUGGUUGGGCCUAUGGUGGAGACAGCGACAUAGACGAUUCUCAACUAGCGGAGACGUUCUUCGACAAUUCGGGCCGGAGCUCCCCAGCGCCGAUUUUCACAGGCACUGCCACGCCGGCUGCCUAUGAGGAGGAGGAAGAGCAAGACCCCAUAUACAGUAUGAGCGCGCUGGACCUCAGCGAAGGUCCUCACGAUUCUACAUCACGGCUCUCGGGCACUCUUUCAGUCUCCUCCAAUGCCGCCGACAAACCUAACAGUACCAUCAACCAAUCAUUCACAUUGUUAAGCCUUGAUGCAGCCCAGAAAGAAGCAUUGCGUCUAGAAUUAACACUCAAGACUACCAUUGGCAAGAUCCAGUGGCGGUUCUUCAUGGAGACACCAGAAGAAGAGUUUGCAAGAGAACUUACGCGAAUUGACUGGGUGAUGUACAACUCAUUCCGGCCGCGCGAUCUUGUACGACAUGUUAGCUUGUCAGGCAUCGACAAGGACAAGGUCAAGAGCUUGACGAACGUCAAUCGAAUGAUCAAGCAGUUCAACCACCUUGCGUUCUUUGUCGCCAGCAUGAUCCUCCUACGUGAUAAACCUAAGCACCGAGCGAAGGCACUGGAAAAGUUUAUGAAUAUUGCAGCUAAACUCCGCCGUCAAAACAACUACAACUCCUUGGGCGCUGUGAUUGCCGCGAUCAACGGCACUCCCGUCCACCGUCUCACACAAACCCGAGACCUGGUCCCCAUCCCUGUUCAGAAAGACUUCAUGCGACUAGUCAUUCUCAUGAGCACACAACGAAGCCACUUUGCCUACCGUCUCGCCUGGGAGAAUUCAUUCUCAGAGCGAAUCCCAUUCCUCCCCCUCCACCGUCGCGAUCUAGUCUCUGCCGAAGAGGGCAAUAAGACAUUCGUGGGCGAGAAUAAAUCCCGCAUCAACUGGAAGAAAUUCGAAGUCAUGGGGGAGGUGGUCCUCGGCAUCCAGCGAAGCCAGAAGAGCCCCCACCCCCAGGCUCAAAAAUUCGACGAUGUCGAGAGACUCAUCCUGGAGUCGAAGCUCUCCGGAGACGAAGAGGACUUAUAUGCGCGCAGCUUACAUGUCGAACCGUCCACGGGAGCAGAAGGACGAAGGAAGUUUGGAUGGUUGCUCCAACCCCAGCCAACCCCAAUCCAAUCCAAUCCUCACAAAAUGGCCACCCUCCAAGCGCGCACAGCCUACCGGGCCCUCCUCCGCGAGCUUCCCCGCCGAAACAUCAACACCCCCUCCCCACUCCACCAGCGUCUCCGCGACGUCUUCCGCUCCGUCCCAACAACCACAAACGGUGCAUCCCCCUUCUCGAUCUCAACAACACCAGAGGAACAAUCCCUCCGCGUACAGGAAGCCGAGCAGCUCGCGCAAUAUGCUCGCGCCCAGCGCACGUACUGCGAAUUGCUUGAGCGCUAUAACCCCGGCAUGAGCAUGGAUGAGGAAGAGAAGAUCCGACUCACGGCUCGUCGGGUUGGAUUCGAUUUGCCUGAUUUGCAUAGCCCUGAGGUGAAUGAGAACUAG